GGAUUUAAUCAUGUAUUUAUUUCCUUUGAUUCUCGUUAAAGAAGAUUGGAUAAGAGAUUCCCAAGAAAUUCUGAUCAAUUUCGCGAUCCCUUGCAAUUGAACAUGAAAACAACAGAGAAGGUUAGUUAUAAUAGAAUAUAUUUUCAAUGAUUGAAUCAUAUCGAUAAAAUCUUUUUACGUCAUUCGAUGCAUAUUUAAGCAAGCAAAUUCAUUGACUUCAAUCUUUAACCAUUAAUCAUUGAGUCAAAACUGUUACCAUAUUUCAGUAUUUCCGAUUUCCUAACUAUUUGUGUGUGUUAUUUGUGUUAAAAUGAAUUUUUCAAUUUUAUUAGUCGUUCUAUUUUGUUCAAUUGUCACCGCUAUUCCAACUCCAGCUCCAAAUGAUGGACGUUCAUUGAUUGAUCGAGUUGCUGAUGAAGGAAAACAAAUGUACUCAUCCCUUGAAAAACAACAUCCAAAUUUCUUGCCUUACAAAACUAUCUUUGAUGCAAUUGAAGCUGGUAGAGUCGCCAAAAAGUUACCAGGUGUUAAUGUGAAUAAGGAUUACCAAGAAAAUGUUCUUGAAUUGAUUGAGAAUUCAUUGAAAUAUGUUUCUUCAUCACCAACAAACAUUUCAUCUGAACAAGUCUACCAAUUUGCCAAAAGUUUCAUUUCUUUUUUAAAACAAAGAUUCCCUGAUAAUCCAAAGAUUUCAGGACUUUCGGAUCAACUUGAAGUCGUUCACGAUUCAAAUCUUUCAUAUGGCUAUGAAAAUGGUGCACCUUCAAUCAAGAAUUUAAAUUCACUGCUAUGGAAAAUUUCAGAGCUUUCAUUUUCUCAGUGAAGCCUUUGAAACUUCUGCCUGUCUAAUAGUUAGUCAUGUACCUGAAUAUAAUCAUUAAAAUAUAAUGGUUUCUA